CCGAGUGAACGGCAUCAACAAUACCGACGCUUUGCCAGAAAACUUUUCAGUCAUAUAUUUGGUGUAAAGGAAAGGAAUUUCAUCUAUUAUUGAAUAUGAAGGAAGCUACUGUGUGCAGAUGACAUGUGAACUGUGAUGUAUCAGCUACAGUCAGUUGUGAAGUGUUGUUGGCCUACAAUUUCCUGUUGUUUCGCCGUCAAGACAAAAAAGUGUGUCUUAUAUGCUGUAAAAUGCAGUAGUUUCUCUUGUGCUGGGCAACUUGAUGUGAUAAGGCAUAAUAAGAGUGGUGAUGGACCAGCAAAGAGUGGUAGAGACUUGAGGUUGCUACCUUAGACCGCCUCUACCAUCCUCAACACAGAGACUGGUGAUGACACAUCUCUAGAUCAAGUGCAACACAAAGCAGAAAUUAACCAUGUCAAGCCCCAAAGAAAAAAACCUCCCUUGUAGGGAUUGUGGAAAACUGUUUGCCUUUAAGAGUGACCUCCAGAAGCACAUGCUGGUGCACAAUGGUAUCAAAGAGUUUAGAUGUGAGGAGUGUGGCAAACAAUUUUCUCAGAAGGGUCAUCUGAAAGCACAUUCAGCUGUGCACACUGGUGAGAAAUUGUACGGGUGUCUUGAUUGUGGAAAACGUUUUAAAUUUAAUAGUUCUCUGAGAAGGCAUUCACUUGGCCACUGUUGUGCAAAGCCAUUUGAAUGUGAGAUAUGCGGGAAAAAAAUUUCACAAGAAAGUACACUUGGAGUUGAUUUGUUUGUGCACAGGUCUCACUCUUUUAAGUGUGUUGAAUGUGAGAAAAAUUUAGUUGAUGAGGAAAGUUUCACUCAAAAUUUAUAUGAGCCCAGUAAUAUAGAACUGUUCACUUGUCCUGAAUGUAAAACAGAUUUUCCUUCUGAUCAAUCUCUUAGAAAGCAUCUACUUGUUCACAGUGACAUAAAACAAAUUGAGUGUGAACAGUGUGGGAAAAAGUUUGUGCAUGAAUGUUCUCACAGAGAACAUAUGCUUGCACACCCUGUGCUCAAAGAAUUUGAGUGUGAGGAAUGUGGGAAACAUUUUUCAUGCAGGUCAACUCUCAAGCUUCACUUACUUGUGCACAGUCGUGUCAGAAAUUUCAGAUGUGAAGUAUGUGAAAAGCAUUUUCUGACAAAAGGUCAUCUUGCUACACACAUGCUGGUGCACAGUGGCAUAAAAAAGUUUGAAUGCACUGAAUGUGGGAAACAUUUCUCACAAAAAAGUCAUCUUACAGGUCAUUUGGUCACACACAGGGGCACCUCAACCACUGGAUGUUACAUAUGUGGGAAGCUAAUGCUACAUAAACGUAAUCUUGGCAGGCACUUGCGUACAUGUUUGAAAAAGAAUCAGAUAUGUUGAAUGUAAGAAACUAUAUCAGAGACAGGAAAACAAUCUGACAUAUCCUUGUGGAACAUACAACCCCAGGUUGUACACAGGUUGUACAGUAUUAAUAUUUAGUGGAAUAAUAAAUCAGGAUCAUAAGGGUGUUCAUUGACAUUGUACAAGUACACUAGUUGGAUUUUGGAAGUGGCUAUAAUAACUGAGGCUAUAUCAUGCCACAAGGGCCUUCAAGGGGUAGUUGACAUUGAAUCUCCUUUCUUAAACCCCAAUAAAGCAACACAUACACACAUCAAAAAUUAUGUAAACCUUCAAUAGUGAACUAGAUCUUAGGUUUAAAUUUACAAGUACAGUACUGUUCAGUACCAAGAACUAAUAUAAUUCAUAUAGAUUUAUAUUUUGGUCACCUAAAUAGACUGAAAUGGGAUUGAAAAAUUUAGGUUGUUCAACAUGUACUGUACUGACCAGAAAGAAUGUACUGCCUCAGCCAUUACUGUGUCAAGCAUAUGGGUACCUGAAAAUUUGUGCUCCUUCACAAAAUUACAUUGAGCUUGUUGCAACAUCCUACAUCAAUGCAUGUGGACUUGUACUAUAUUAUAUAUGAGUGCAUGCAGUUUGUUGUCAAGGUGCAACACGUGACACAUUUGACCUCUAUUCUGCCACCACAGGUAUUUGUAAAAAGCAUUACAGAAAAUUAUGGCUUUUCAACGUAGUUUGUAUUUAAUUAAUAUUUAUGUUCAUAAUUUGUCCUUACAAAAGGUGACUUCAUACAAGUUAAGGUAAAUCUUGACUGUGAGGAAUUGUUUUAUAAGGUAAAGCAAGUUGAACAAUGAGUAACAUGGUGUCACCCUUUAAGAAAUUUAAAAUUUUGUUAAGUUGUUUGCCAUGGCUGAAUUUUGUAAGGUAUUCUGGUAUCUUCUGUUGAGGCUAUGAUCAUUAAUUUGUCUAAGAUCUUUAAAGACAAUACUGUGUCCUAACUCACUCACUUAUUUCUCCCCAGACACAGCUCCUGAUCAAUUCUUGGUUAUCCAUGUUAAGUUUCCAAUGAACAAAAGGUUUUCUAACUUGCUUGAUCUUAGACAGAAAAUAUAACUUAUUUUGUUUGGUUUCUUUAUGCUCUGAUAGAGGAAUGUGGAUAUCUUAGAGGUAGUAGGGUGUUGGUGGUACAGCAGUAAUGCGCAUAUCUCUCACCACUGUGUCAUGGUUCGAGUCCUGCGUGGCCUGGACACACGUGAGAAUGGUGUUAUCCAGUGUGAACCUACCAAACAUCAUAGGUUUCUUCCGGGUACUCCGGUUUCAUCCUGUACUAACUCUGGACAAAUAGAGUUCAUAACAAAGUAACAAAGAACGGGCCAACUGCCUGAACAGCUUGUAAGCUGAUAAGUGGUGAAGUGAUAAAACUGUAGUAAUAUGUUGGGUGACCUUUCUUAGACCUAGAAGAAGACCUAUCUGAAAGUUCUCAGACAUGAAAAAGUAGCCAAAAGAUCAUUUAGGUAUUUAGAGUUAAAAAGUGAUAUCUGUGUUCUCUUAAAGUUUACUUACAUCCUGUCAGUAACUACUUGUGAAUGUAAUUGUAGUUUAAUAAGAUGGUUAACAACUACUGUAUUUUAGUUCAUGAGAUGUUGUCUUCUUCAACCCUUUGUGUGUCCAGGACUCACGAUGUGUUUCCACUCACUUUAUGAAACUACAUUCAAGAACCAGAGUUAUGUACAGAGGACCACUGAUGCCCCACAUGUGCCAUGCCAUCCACCACUCUAAAUGAUUUGUAACCUUGGUGAGAUGGCAUGCAUAGAUCGGGGUCAAAACAAAUUUUAUCUAUCACAUUGACAGUACAGUAAUCCCUCGCCAAUUGCAGGUUUACCAUUCACGGUUUUAAGUAUCCACCGUUUUACCAACCUCGGUGACAAAUUUUAAUUAUCUGCGGGUUUCCACAGCCACAUAAGAGAUUUCUAGCCCUGCGUGGCGGGAAUGCUACCCUCAUCCCGUAAACAUCCCUGUGGUGUUGCUCUCCACUAAUUGGAAAUUACUCUACAUUGUUAAAUUUAUUGCCCUGAAAUAUGGCCUUAAAGCACUAAUGUAUUUUCAUUGGAAUAGAAUGUGGAAUUGUUUGAUCAUCGUGUGUGUGGUGAAAGUGUAGUGUCCAUCAGCAGGCAUUUUUUUAUUGGUGGGUCAACUGUGAGAACUAUUAAGAAAAGUGAAGAUGCCAUUGGGCAAGUGUGAAGGGAAAAGCACCAGAGUGCAAAAGUGACUUGAACAGUAUGCCUUGUGAUCCUUGCCUAGAAAGAACAGAGAAAGAUUUCUUUUUGACUCAAGGAUAUGACUCAAGAAAAUGAGUCGCAUUUGCAACAAUACGGUGGAGACAUUAAGCAGUGCAGCAGGGACUUCACGAGCUACCACCAGCUUCCUUGAUAUACUUCAUGAGUUACCACCAGCUUCCUUGAUAACAAAGGGUGGUUUGGAAACUUCAGAAAAAGAAUCAACAUGCACAACAUAAAAACCUUGGGUGAGUCAGCAUUGGCACGCCACGUGGCCACGACAACCUACCUGAUGUGCUGAAGAAGCUUAUUUUUAUACAGUAUGAUAAAUGUUUUUUUUUAAGGAUAGCGUACUUCCUGUACUUAUUUUUAACCUUGAUCUGUACAGUACAUUAUAGGACUUUAGGUAUGUCUCUCAGGGGUCAUUUCCCCAAACCCUUAUUUCCCAUUAGACACCGCCCUUGCCAACCACAGUUUGUCAACUGCGGGAGAAUUCUAGAACAUUGGCAAGGGAUUACUGUAUUCUCCCGUCCACUGUAUUUUUUACUUUUAAUGGAAGUCCUUCACUUAUUAUUGGGCAUCUGCAAAGUGGUAGUAUCAGACAUAAGGGUAGACAACCCAGAAUGUAAUGUCCCAUGUUACCUCAUGGAACAUAAAAUGGAUCUUGGAUAUACAGUACAGUAUAGUUUUUUUAUUGCUAUAGUUUAUUAUGCUUCUCUUGUUCUGCACUUUGUGUAUUACAAGAAGUUAUAGGUAUAUUAUUCAAGUACAAUAUGGCUGUUUGUUGUGGAAUAUAAUGCAGCUCUGGCAAGCACUGUAAGACCUCCUAUGCUGCCACAGUUAUAACCAAGUUAUUUUUGGCAUGUCUCAAUUGGUCCAGAAUCACUUUUGUCAAGUCACAUUCUCCUUAUGCCAGGUCUUAAGAAAAAUUGCAAGAUACAUUGGUUCAUGCAUCUGGUGAGAAAAUAAAACUGUUACGCUUCAAGGUACAUUAUAUGAAAAAAUUUAAGUACAGUAGAAUGUCGAUAUAACGUGAGAUACGUUCCAGGAGAGGUCGCUUUACAUCGAAUUCGCACUAAACCAAAGUGUUGUUUCAAUGGAAUAAUAUAGUUUGGUACUUGAGAGAAACACAUAAUACUAAAAAGACUUUUAUUAGCUAAUAAAUAUGAGAAAAAUAUAUGGCGUAAUGAUAUAUAUGCAGCAAGCACUUCCUGCAGUCGAGUUGAGAGCUGGACGGUACUGUUACUGCGAGGUACUGUACUGUACUGUCUGCUGCCUCGCGUCACUGGCCCUCACCCUGCACUUUCACUUUCAACUUAGUUUUUCAUUACUUUAUGCUAUCAAAAAUAGAUAUUCACCCACCUUUAGUUUGGUAAGUCAUCCUCUGAAGAUGCAGAGCCCAACACGGCCAGCUCAUCAUCCACAUCACUGUCUGGUGGUGUGGCUGUGGAGGCACCUGACACGGAAACACUGGAUGAUGGUCUUGUCUGCCCAGACAUUGAUGGGCCAGUUAAUGAUGUAGUGGCGAUGGUUGAUGCACGUGGUGGAAGGAGAUAGUGUCACACAAUAUGUCCGUUCAUUAGAGCGUCAGCGCGAGAACUGAGGGUGUCGGAGGGUGGCGGGCAGCCUUGUAGCUGCCCAGAGAGGUGUCUGGCGGGAAACAUUAGGUGUGAAACAUAAAAUAUUGUGUAUUUCCAUAUGACGCUCCAGAUUUGAUUCGCGUCAAAUGGGAAAAAUUCGCUUUAAAUUGAUACGUUGUCAUUAAUUGUGGGUGUCGCUUCAAAUCAAUAAUUUUAAAUCGAUUCACGUUAAAUUGACGUUCUACUGUAGCUGCAUUUCUUCAUUUUGUGGUGACUCAGAUGGUAGUAAACAGGUAUUUAUCAAAGAAAAUGUUCAAAUGUUUCUUCAACUCACAUCAUCAAAUUUAGUAUAUUACUGUAAAGCAAAAAGAGAGAGAGAGAGAGAAUGUGGACUAUCAUAAAGUGGCAUUGGUCAAGUUGACAACACCAAGUCCCGGGCCACUUUACCCAUUUUAUAUAUAGUUAGGUUUCUUUUCUCCAGGUCAUGUCAUUGUUGAUAUAUAAUUUACUCUGGAGUCACUGUAAGUUUAAUGUGAUUAAGACUUAAGGCUAAUAUGAUCUAUGUUUAAUUGUAUGGUAUUCUCUAAUGUGUCCCCACACUUUUGUCUGUCUGUAUGUUUGUAUUGGUUAACUGUUCUCGUAUUUUUCAUUUGGGUGGGCAAACACAUUAUAGGAUUUUAUUAUUAUUAUUAUUAUUAUUAUUAUUAUUAUUAUUAUUAUUAUAUGAUGAUUUUUUUCAUAGAUGCUUUUUUCUGUUAUGAUGCAAAAUGUUCUGGCAGGUAAUUUAUACCCUGUUUCUUAGCACUGAGCAGCUAGUGGGUUACUCUACCCCUUGGCAGCAUGAUAGUCCACUCAAGGAUUUUUCCACCAUUGACAAGUGUAUGCAGUAUGUAUUUGUUUUACUAACUGCAUGUGCAAGGGCUAAUAGACAGGGUUUUUCAUAAGUCGCACUCAAUAGGAAUCAUAACAAAUUAAAGAAGAUGGCAGAGAAUUUGACACUAGAGAAAAGAGUCGGUUUAAUAUUCAUGUACCGAGAGCCUGAUGCUACACACUGAUCAGUUGUAAAAGAAUAUAAUUGAUAACAUCUAAAAUAUUUUGUCGACCAAUAUCAUCCAAGAACCACUGAAAAUUUAAGGCAGAAUAUCACAGCUGAAUGUAACAAGAUUACCAAAGAUAUACUGAUGAGAGUGGAGGCAUCUUGUUCACUUAGAAUCAAUGUGUGUAUUGAAGUAGAUGGUGAAGCAUUGGAAAAUUUACUAGUAUACAGUAGUAAUGUACAGUGUAUUUUCCCUAUGUUGUGCGACUUAUGAGACGCCAUGCACAAGAGAGGAGCUCCAUCCUCCAAUUCAAUUGGGAAUCAACUCAGGAGCCUCCUCUUUCAAGGCAAAUGCUCUACCACUGAGCUACAGAUUUAUAGAAAUAUUGUUAUCAUUAGUAGUAACCAUAGCAGCAGCAGUACUAAUAAUAGUAGUACAGUAAUAUUACAGUAGUAGCAGUAGUAGUACAGUAGACCAUCAAUAUAGUGUGAUUCUAUACUGAGCUUUAAGUAGUUUGCAUUCUCCUAAAUUAUUCCUAUUUUUCAUAAUUGCACAGGAAAACUCCAUCAUUGCACAGUUUAAGCCCAGAAAAUUUAAUUACAGUACAGUAAAUGGACCACAAUGAUCAUCACCUGAGACACAUUUACAGGGUAAUUUAUAUUGUGAUGGAAAAUUUCCUUAUACAGGUAUCCCUCGUUUAAGGGGAGUGUCCGGCUGAAUUACGAAAUAAGUAUCCUGUCAGCAAUUAAGGACACCAGAUGCAUAGUUGCUAUACCCCUGAAUCGGUUCUGCUUAAUCCUUGAUACCUGAUUUUUCCCUUAUAUUCUUAUCAAUUUUCAAAAUCCUACUUCUCGUAACUUCUCACUAGAUUAUUCUGAAAUUUAUGUGGAGUACUGUAUAGGUAAUUUAUUCCUCUUAAAUGUGACAUAUAGAUAUUUCUGAUUAUCACUUUUUUGGGUGCAUAAACUUUUUUCCUAACUUACCAUUUUUUCCUUCAAAUAUUUAUAAAGAUAAAUCAGCAAAUAAUAAACCAAGCCAAAUAUAAAGAAAAUCUAUAAGUUCAGCCAUGCCUAAUAUUCUUCUACAUAGUUUUUGUUUUAUUAGAAUUGGCCAUAAAUGGCUGAGCCUUAGGUAGUUGCUCGAGAGCAACUCGCAAUUGUACCUCACUCUCACAUGUUUGAUGGGUAACUGACUCUCGUUCUGUUGCUAGCAAACUGAGAAAAGUGCCAGAUACUGAUUUUUACCAAGUGCUUGGUAUUACUUUACACCAAAAUAUUAUUAUAAAUAUUUUUCUACAGCCUUUACUUCAUAAACAGAAGGGCCCUCUAAAUGAACGGGGGUAGAACAAUCAUGCAUAGCUACAUAAUUAUUAUGAAUUACGCAAUCAAAAUACGUCAGCAGAAAGCCAUAGGCAACAGCUUUCCUCAGGAAUUUUUCUGAAUAUUUUUCGUAUUUUUCCGAUUUUCAUCGUAUUUUCAGCCAGAACUCCCCUUAUCGAUGGGGCUGUGUUCCAAAAAAAAACCUAACGUUAAGGGAAGUUAUUGGUAAAUGAAGGAUGACAACAAAGCACGGAGGGCAGAGAACAGGAUCAAAUAGCAAAGCAGUAAACACCGUGCCCCCUAAUAAUAAUAAUAAAUUAGUUUUUUAUAAACAGUUUUGAAGGUAAACACUUUAUUUAUUGACACCAAACUUCUAUACAAUAUAAACAAUAUGGUUUGGUGUUAAAACAAUUUAGUGAGUGAAAGGUGAGCCUAAUUCAAUCAGAUUUAGAUUUGUAAGUCAAAAGUGAAAGGAAAAAGCUAUGAUAAACAAUAUGAUUGAUACCUAGCAUAUCAUAAAAUAAAAUAGCACUUUUUUUGUUUACAAAAAAUAGAUCCUUCCAUACUCAAACCUUGCUCUGGGCAAUGUGAUGCAGUUCAGUCAAGCAGUCACCCAUCUGACUCCAAGAGUGUAUGUGUGUGUGUGUGUAAUAAUAAUAAUAAUAAUAAUUAACGGUUUAUUGAAAAAGUUCUGCAGCCCGAAGGCUGAAAAUAUACGUUGGACAUAAAUGACUUAUUACAUACAUUGGUGGUUUAACAAAAGCCUUCAUUAGAGAAAGGUAAAGGAACAUACAGUGUGUGCGUGUGUUGUGACAUGACAUCAGUGUUGGAGUGCGGCUAGCUGGAGGGUUCGGCGACACAGUUACAGCCUAUGCCUUCACACAAACGUUUGCUCCACACAUAUACACAUCCAUUCAAUUCAUUUUUCAUAUUUUAUAGUUUUAUUGUAUAUUUUUUUUAUUUCUAAGCUACAUUAGAUUAUUGUAUUGUUUUGAUUUUUCCACAACUUUUAUAGUUUUGUUACAUGUAGCAAUGGCAACAUGCCAUCUCACAGGCCACCUCUUCCCAGUUUUCACCUUCCCAGUGAGUCAAGCAAUCUCUAUUAAACAGAAUUUUGACCUAACGUUAAGUAAGAAAGGUUGUCCUUUUUUUUUAUCACUAAACCAAAUUAAUGUUAAGUGAUUAAUGCUAAUGAGGGAUACCUGUACAGGUAUCCCAUGUUCAUGAACAAAAAAAAACUUAUCUAACUAAUGAUAAACAGUACACAACUACUGUAAUUUACUGUCAAA